CUGGGCUGGAGGGAGUGUGCACCAUCACUCUGUGGGGAUGGUGGAUGUGCAGUCUGCUCAUACACAGGAGCUAUGAGGGGAUGGAGCAUGCUCAGGGAGGAUACUUUUCAGGUUUUAGCAGCUAAAACCUGAGCAUGUGUGAACUGCAGUUUUACAAAAGCUUGUUACUUGGCCAAAUUUGGACACAUUUUCAAAGGGACAGCAAAAGGCUCAUCCCUGAUAUAACGGCCACCCCCCUGCCAAAUUUCAAGUCCCUACUCAAAAGCAGGGAGGUGCUAGAGUUGUUCAAAGAGAAAGUCUUCAGAAUUUUUUUAACACGAACAAAACAUAUUUUUCUCCAGCCUCCUUCUUGGAAUGGCUGAAUCGUUUUGGGUGAAAUUUUCCAAAAGCUUUUGUCAGCAGCAGACACCCAGCAUGAGAAACUUCAGCCCAAAUGGUUAAAGGCUGGCAGAGUUAUUAGCAAUGGAAAACAGGGUCUUGUAAUGGGAAGUGCUGGGCAACCUUAAUAGGCUGCGCUAUUGGUUCCUCCUACAACACAGUAUUUCUUGCAUUCAGGAAGGGGAGUACUUGCUGGAGUGCGGUGUGAGAAAGAGGAGCCCUACUUGUUAAGCUAUAGUUCCGCAGUUUUCAAACUGGGUCAGGACCCCAAAGUGGGUCUCACCCCUGUUUUAAUGGGGUUGCAAGGGCUGGCUUAGACUUGCUGGAGCCCGAGGGCUUCAGCUCUGGGUGACGGGGCUUAGGUUACAAGCUCCCCUGCCUGGGGCUGAAGCCCUUAGGCUUCGGCUUUGGCCCCCUCACCCAGGGUGGUGAGGCUCAGACUUUGGUCCCCCUGUCCUGGGGCCAUGUAGUAAUUUUUGUUGUCAGAAGGGGGUCGUGGUGCAAUGAAGUUUGACAACCCCUGCUACAGUUGAAUGUGCCUGGAAAUAGAGUGAUGUGAACGUCGCAAGGGAAGACUUAAUAUCUAAGUGUUGUGUAAAAUGAACACUCUGCUGCAGUUGCAGUCACAGCCCACCCACUAUAACCACAUUUGCUUUGUAUUAUGUUUAUUUUGUUGGUAGUGGAAAGCACCAGUCUCCUCAUUAGACGCACAUACAAAAUACUGAUAAAUAUUCAGAGCAGGGAAAAAACAGAACUUACACCACUCUACAGAGAACAUAUCUCUCUCUGGCACAAAAAACUAACUGACUCUGGAGUGCAUACUUUACGUCUUCUUGUGCCAGUUUUGCUGAAUUUGGACCAAUGUUCUGAAAUAUUUUGAAUCUUAUUCUCAUUUGUAAGAAUCCCUAGGGAGGUCACAAUUAUUUGGGCAGUAAAAAGGGCUUGUGAUAGGGAAAAAAUUUUGCACUGCUAACUUUGGCAGUUGUGCUCCCAUAACCAUAAGAAAUGUUGCAGUGUCUGGUUUUAUCUGUGUGGCACCUAUGCAUGGGAUGAGAUGACCCAUUCACAGAACUCCAGGUGGUCACACAGCUUUUCUUGGUUUGUAUUUAAGCUUUAUUGAAUGUGUGCAGUGAUGGAAAUAAUUACAUAUUUUUUCUCGUUACAGCCCAACAUACCUAACUUUGGCUUCCUCUUUGACAUUGACGGGGUACUGGUACGAGGAAAGACUCCAAUUCCUGCUGCAAAAAAAGCCUUUCAAAAGCUAGUUAAUUCUCAGGGACAAUUCUUGGUGCCUGUAGUAUUUGUCACCAAUGCAGGAAACUGUCUUCGCCAGAAGAAAGCUGAUCAGUUGUCUCAUAUUUUGGGAGUGCCGAUUUCACAAGACCAAGUUGUGAUGUCUCAUAGUCCUUUACGGAUGUUCAAACGUUACCAUGACAAAUGCGUUCUGGUGUCGGGGCAAGGACCACUUCUUGAUAUUGCCAAAUAUCUGGGUUUUUGUCAACCUAUUACUAUUGAUAUACUGCGUGAGACAUACCCUUUACUGGAUAUGGUUGACCAUGACAGACGGCCUAAAGUUUUGCAUUUGUCAGCUGUGGAACUUCCCAAAAUUGAGGCUGUUGUUUUGUUUGGCGAACCAGUCAGAUGGGAGACUAAUCUUCAACUCAUAAUAGAUGUUCUGCUGACGGGUGGCUGUCCUGGAAAGCCACAUCAUCAAGCCAGUUACCCACAUAUACCCGUGCUUGCUUGUAAUAUGGAUCUGAUGUGGAUGGCUGAAGCACAGUCUCCAAGAUUUGGGCAUGGAACAUUCAUGGUUUGUUUGGAAAAUAUUUACAAGAAGAUCACUGGCAAAGAACUGAAAUAUGAGGCCUUGAUGGGCAAACCUAGUGAACUGACCUAUCACUAUGCAGAGUACCUGAUUAGGAUGCAGGCAGCACAAAGACACUGGAAGAAGCCUAUUCAAACUCUUUAUGCCAUUGGGGACAACCUAAUGACUGAUAUCUAUGGUGCUAACCUUUAUAAUCGCUACCUUGAAGAGAAGAAUUCCAGAAAAGGUUCCAAAGGGCGUAUCCAGGCCAAAGUUGCUGCUGGGACCAGGUCUGCCACUAUUUCUCAGGAUGAUGAAAUAGACCACACUUGGCAAAAUGAACUAGCACCUGCUACUGCCACCAAUUGUAGGUCUGUUCUUGUUUGUACUGGGGUUUACAAUCCUCACACAGAGGUGCCCUCUGACACCAGAGAGAGUAUAACUGAGACUGUGUUCCAUGGUCACAGAGAUUUUAGAUUUGAUCCUGCUUUGGUAGAGCCAGACCAUAUUGUACCAGAUGUUGAUGCUGCUGUAGAUCUGAUCUACCAACUGGAGAAUUUUGCACCUAAUCAAGAUACUAGAACUUUUUAAGGAUUACCUAGUGUUCUUCAUCCAAAAGCACAUCAGGGUUUACAGCACAGUACAAAACGUUGCUUUCUAACACGUUUAACCCUUUAACCUCAAUAUUUUAAAAUGCUUUCCUGAACUGGCCUCUCCUACGUAGCACACCAGAACUGGCCUUGUUUGUCAUAAUUACCUCCUGACAGUAAUGUUAUGAGGAAAGUAGAAUUUCCAUGUAUUUUAAAAUUUAUUAAUCAUGUGUCUGACAUUUCUUCUGUCAAUUGUAUUUAACUGCAAACAAUGCAGUUGGUACCAGAGAGGUGCAACAGUGCAAACAAUGCAUAGUUUAUUACUUGAAACUUUAAACCAGUGUCGUUUCUAACCUGCCUUAGGUUUAAUAUGCAGCUGAGUUUGUCAUGUGUCUAAGUAUCAUAUGUUUGUUUUAACAGGUCACUAGUCCCAUGGCUGUUUUGUUUUAAACAGAGAUUUAAUUUAUUUUGUCUGUUACCAUUUUUAUAAAACACUUCAACUGUUUUAACACCGAGAUUGUCUUCUGAAAUAUUAUUUAUAGCUUGCUCCGUUUAUAACACUGUAGGUCUGCUUGCAAAGCAUGCUUUGCCCAUGUCAUAUGUUGCAUGAGCAAAAAUAGCCAAAUUAACUAGCAAUUGUUGGACCGACAACAUAGAAACAUCAGUUAAUUGCAGGAUAUGCAAGUUCUCUUGCAACUUCAUACAUGGAAUCUUCUCUGGACUGGAAAAUUUUUUAUAGAUGAAAAUCCCAGGAUCUGGAACUAACUGUGUUUUUGUUUUGUUUUUUUAUACGGGUGAGACAUUAGAUCUGCUCUCUUUAAAUAGGAGCCUGACAAUGUUCAGUGAAAAGACCUUCUGGCCAACUUUUCUUUUCACAUCUUCAUUUAAAUUAGCAGCAUGAAAUCGAGAAAGCUGUAAAGUCAUUAAGUGGUGGGGAGAGAAGAUUGAUGAUGUCAAAUCUUUUCAAGCAGUGUUUUUAUUACUCCACAGACUUUUUGAGUCCCCAUCAUCACUGCUGAUUCAGUGACUCCUAAUGUUGCCAUAAACAGACUCUAACAAAUAUUAACAGAAUCUAAUCUUCUAGAUUUAAUUACCUUGAUAUGAGUCGAGUGGGUUUCCUGCUCCUUCACUGAAAAAAGUACAACAGCAAUAAUGUGUACUUGUGGCUUGCCUUUACUGGUUCUUUCUGUUGUGACCAACCACAUGUGCCUCUUUCCUUAUCAGUAUGCUGUGCCAUCUAAGUGUACCGAACACUUAUAUGUUAGGGAAUUUUGAAAUGCCAGGAUUAUACUAAAGCUCUGCCACAUUUUAGUACUGAAGAGUGUUGCAGAAUUCUUUAACUCCUAAUGCAGGAAAGUGGCCUCAACAUACAUCAUGGAGAAAAGUGUGGAGGUUGAUGAAGGACAAUGGAAAAUGGUCUAGUUAAUAUUUGUUUUUGUGUGUGUGUGUGUGUGUGUGUGUGUGUGUGGCUUUCACAUAUUUAAAAAAAGCUCGCACCUACAGAAAUACUUCCAGCACCUAGUCUGAUGUACAGCUUAUGCAAGAAUAAUGUAUGCAGCUUGUCCAAACCAACUAAAAUAUUAACUCACACUUCAGCUGUUUGGAAAACAUUUAGUCAUAUUAGGAAUGUAGCAAAAUACUUAGCAUAAUACAGUUGCUAACGAAACUUUCUUCUGCCUUUUGCAAUCAAUUAAGCUUUAACUGAAAGUAAGGAAUUUAUUGGCAUUGAAGCUCCUUAGCAGUUUACAUGUCUGAGAGAGGUCUUGUUUGUUCAUUUGGUUUUUAACUUAAUGCACACGAAGGUGAUACUCUAAGAAAAAAUAUAAUCCUUUGACUUCUGUGGCUUCUGUUCAUCUUGGGGAGGGGAGGGUGCAGAAUCCAAACUAGUGUGAAAGAAGUGUUGUACAAGCAAUAAAUGCCACCCAAAUGCUCUGACACCCUUUGUCAAUUAACUAUAAAAUUGGGCAAUGUCUCAAGUACUGUAAAUUAAACUAAAAUAUAGUGAUCCCAUGUUUGGGAACCGGAUAACUAAAAUCAAGAUGUGGAAAUCCCCAAAGGAUAAUCUCCAAAUGGUCUUCACAGUGGAGAGAAGGCCUUAGUUUACAGGUCUGCAUGAUAACUACAUGCAUUAUUCCCCUGAGGAGUCAAACUAAUAUCAUAUCAGACAUAGGAAAAGACCAGGAAUAUGAGUUUAACCAUUUAUAGACACUUUCAAAGCAAGCACUGAAACUGACAUUCGAUAGAUACUGGGGCUAACCUUUGAGAGGUGCUUUUUCCUUGUUCUGCCCCAUUAUCUGCCUUUUCAGUAUCUUUUUCUUCACCUGUCUCAGAUUCCUACACUGAUCUCACUGGAAUUGGCAGUGUUUCCCACACAUUUCUCCUAUGGCAUCUAAACCCUAUAUUAAGCAGGCCACUGUGCAGGUAUAGUAGCAUCAGCAGAUUUAAAAUGUAGUACUAAAACAGCUAGAAGAAGGUUAGUGUUUGAAUUCCCAGAAAGUAGAAUUUGCUCCUCAUUUCUCUGAAUGUUUUAUUCUUCAUCAUUGUACUUUUUGAAAAAUAGUGUAUCCUGUACUCAUUUUUACUGAAAUAAAACUGACAGUAUUUUUA